CUUCUACGAUCGUCUCUUCUCGUCAAUCGAUUAAAAACAGGAAGAACAGAAAAGCUUUCUGCAGAUCGAAACCCUAAUUUUCAUCAUCCUUAGGAGUCGUCGAUUUCUUUUUUGUUCCUCUAUUUCGAUGGAUUCUGGAAUCCGGGUGUUUCCCCUGUGACGCCAAAGCCCUAGUUGUUUAACACCUUAGAUUAGAGCAAGAAGCCCUGGAAUUUGUCUCGUUCGAUCUCUAUAUUAGGCUGACCGAUUCGAAUUUUGGACCUGUUUGCUAGGAAUUUCUGGUUUCCGUGUCCGGUGCGAGAUUAGAUUUAUGAUUUUAAGGAUGUGCUAGUCAUUUUCUGCUGUAAGAUUUCUGGAGAUUUUUGCAGUUUUGGGCGAGGAUCUUCUAGAUUUUCCCGCACCUCUGAAUCUUAUUGUACAUAUAGCUAGAUCAAGACGACCAGAUUAAGCUUCUGAUGGUGAAUCGCGGGUUUCUUGUUGAUUCUGUGGUCAGCUGGGUUUAUGAGUUCUGGUGGGUUUAGAUUACUGAUGGUCACUGCAGAGAGGAGAACUAAGCAAAUUUUACUUUUGUAAUACUGUUUUUGUUGUCAAGGUUCUGCAUGAUUUUUUAAGAGAAUUUACAGUUUGGGCUUUAUAUAGUCGACAACUUCCGUAGAGGAACUAAUUUUAAUCUUUGGGGCGAUCAAGGGGGGAUAUUGUUGUAUUGUCAGCUUGCCUAAUGAGUGUAGACAACGAACAACAAUUUGCGAUGGAUCCGCCUGUUGAAACCAAUGAUGGAUCCGCAAAGAAGCCAAGAAUUUCAUACAAGAGAGAGUUUCUUUUAUCCCUGAGUAACUUGGAUGUUUGCAAGAAGCAGCCAAAGCUGCCAAAUGGAUUUGACGAUUUGCUAUUGCGUGACUCAGAAGAUCCUUUACUAGAACGCCGAAGAAUUUCUGGUGAUUUUUCAUCUCAUGGUUUCAAGCGGAAUGACUAUAGUUCAUCCCCACCUAUCAGGGGUGAAUAUGGUGGUUAUUCUCGAGGAACCCAUGGAAAAUGGGAAGGGCGCUCUGGUGGAUGGAAUGACAAAGAUAGUGAUUCACAAUCUGAUAAGGACACGGAGCCUGGAAGGCGUUACGGCGUUCCAUCUCGGAGGCCCUGGCAAGCUCCUGAGCAUGAUGGACUUCUGGGAAAAGGCUCUUUCCCCAGGCCAUCUGGAUAUGGUGUGGGCACAUCUGGUCUGAGGUCUCAGUCUAAUGAUUCGUAUCAGCUGAGUAGAAGCAAUGAGCCUUAUCAUCCUCCACGCCCAUACAAGGCAUCGCCUUACUCACGCCGUGACACCAAAGACUCCUUCAACGAUGAAACAUUUGGUUCUUCUGACUCUACGAAUGAGGACAGAGCAGAAGAAGAGAGGAAUAGAAGAGCUUCCUUUGAGUUGUUGAGGAAGGAACAACAUAAAGAAUUCCAGGAGAGGCAAAAGUUGGACCCAGAAAAACGGAAAAAGGAGUUUGACUUCGCUGAACUACUGGGGGAUUCCAAGAAUGAAAAAGGCCAACCAGAUAGAAGCAAUCAAGUGAGUGAGUCUUCAACGCUUCUUGGUUCUAAUAGCAGCGCUCCGCCCCCUCAAAAUACUACACCCAGACCACUUGUACCUCCUGGUUUUGCGAGCACGCUUUUGGAAAGGAAACAAGGAGCAAAGCCUCCUACUGAAGUUUCUCAACAUGAGGGUAGUCUGUUGGAUUCCAAAGAUGGUCAUCUAGAGAAUGGAAUGUCUGGAAAUAAUGAGAAACCACCAGCGAAUCAGACUGGCUCAAAUGAGCUGUUGAUGAAAAGUACAGAUGCCAGUAUCUCCACUAAAGCAAGUGAAAGGGCUGUCAAUUUGUCUACAGUUCUCGGUGUAACUACUGAUACGGUUGGCAAAGAUAAAAGUUUUGAGAAGCUUUCCUGCAUGUCAAAUUUUACUGAAGCUUCAGGAUAUUCUGAAAAGAGUGAACAAGCUAUGAUGAUGAAAUUGGACCAGAAGAAAAGUUCGGGGAACCUGGAUGGACCUUCAAUCCUGGAUAAGCUAUUCAAUACCGCUUUGAAUUUGAAUGGUGGCAACGACCCUAAUUUUACUGAGCGAAAUAACAAUAAAGUAGAGGAAAGAUUGGGGCCAUUGGGCCCUCAAACUGACAAAUCUUCCAAGUUCGCAUAUCUAUUUCUUGAAGGAGAUAGUAAACCACUUGAAAAUAUUUCAUCCAGCGAGCAUCCAACCGGCUUGCAGACACUGCUUCGAGGUUCCAAUAAAUCCCAAACUUCCGAUGUAAAAUCAGACGGUGAACUCUGCGCAAGCCUUCCUUUCCAAGGCCCUGAUCAGCUGAGCAAAUCUUCCCCAAAUAAAUCUGCAACUGCCCCACCAGUCCUCACAUGUGAAGACCUUGAACAGUCUAUUCUGUCAGAAGUUACUGAUAGCUAUUCAGCAGCCGUGCAAGACUCGGAUGUUUCUUCCAUUAGGACCAAACAGCAAGAAGCACAUGUUGAUGACCAGGCGUCGCAGCACCUACUCUCUUUGCUGCAGAGAGGACCAGGCCUGGAAAAUCAAGUUAAGCACCUAUCUUCAAAUACAGAAAGUAGGCCACCCACUGAGAAACUGCCUAAAACUGGCCGAGUUAGCAGAGAGGCAGAUACAGGGAAUUCACGAAAUAUUGGGAAGACUUUGACUCUGGAGACUCUUUUCGGGAGUGCCUUCAUGAAGGAACUGCAAUCAGUUGGAGAACCUGUCUCUGCAAAAGGCGGAAUUUCUGAAGCUUCGCUUGGAUUAGACCAGUCUAUCAGUGAACUGAUUCAAAGAGACCAAAUGAGAUCUGAUGGCCUUCCUAGGUUCAGUGCUGCUGGUGUUGGCCUCCCGGGAGAGGAUAGCUUACCUGCAGUUGAUGAUUCUGCAAAGGUGCAUAAAUACAUGCCUUUCCAAGGUUUCCCUAAUCAAGAGCCGGAAGUGCCAUUCAAUAUUACCGAGAAGCUAGCUGCCAUAAAUUCUGGCCCGAGGAACGGAAGACCACCAAUAGGAGGUCAAGAGAGUCCUUUUCUCCAUCAUCCUCCACAGUACACAAAUGGGCCAGAUCUCCCAUUUCAGCCUUCUAGUGCUCACUCAUCUCACUUGCAGCUGCGACCUUCUCAUCUAAAUGGUUCAGGUCCUUUAUUCCAUUCAUCGCUUGAUCCUCGUCAUGGUAAUGUGAAGUCUCAGAUUGACUUAAUGGCCUCCGGCAGCCUUCAACGGGAUCCUCCCCCUAGUCACCAGUUUUCAGCAAACAUGAUUCAGCCACCUUUCCAUCUUGCACCUGGUGGGGUUCCUGAGUUUGAUCACCGCCCUCAUCCUAUCUUGCAGCAAAUGCACAUGCGUGGCAACAUGGCUCACCCCCAUCUGGUACAAGGGUUUCCGGGCGGCCCACCACACCAUCACCCUCCUGGUGUGAACAAUCAGAUGCCGGGGGUAGUUUCUGAGCUAAAUGCAUCACAAGGCCUGCCCUUUGCACAUAGGCAGCCGAACUUUACUGGACAUAACAUGCCACCACCUGUGAUGGAAGUGAACAGAGGUGAUCAUAAUACAGGAUCACUGCAGAGACUCCUGGGAAUGGAGACAAAGCAGGUAGGGCCAAUGGGACAAGGCAGUAGUAGUGGGCCACGUCGACAGGGCUCCUUGGGUCAUGACCUUGCUUUCGGCUACCGUUAGUUUUGUACAAAGCGCAAUGUGAAAUACAUAUCGCCCAGAACAGGGGAGAGGAGCAUCAAUAGGGUUUUAUUGUUUGGGCAGUGUAACUUGAAAAGUGAAGAAGAACCAUUUGUGAUCGUUUGAUAUUUAGUUGCUUCGAUGUCUUUACUCUCAA